AUGGCGGCGCCGAGCACGGAGGCGCAGCGCAGCGAGGCGCAGGUCGCUGCGGACGAGCUGGCCAACGCCGCGGCCCGCGGAGACCUGCGCAGGAUGCGCGAGCUGCUGGACGGCGAGGCGGACCCCAACGGCGUCAAUUCCUUCGGACGGACCCCGCUGCAGGUGAUGAUGCUGGGCAGCCCGCGCGUGGCCGAGCUGCUGCUGCAGCGCGGCGCCGACCCCAACCGCGCCGACCCGCGCACCGGCUGCUACCCGGCACACGACGCGGCCCGCGCCGGCUUCGUGGACACGCUGGCCGCGCUGCACCGCGCCGGGGCGCGCCUCGACCUGCGCGACGCGCGCGGCCGCCUCCCGCUCGACGUGGCGGCCGGGGGGCCGCACGGGCCCGUGGGCCGCUACCUGCAGCACCCGCCCCCCCGCGACGGCGACAGCGGCCCGCCCGGGCGGGCGGCCCCAUCGGAAGCGCAGCCGUGA